GGUGCCUUAUGGGUAAUAUCCGCUGCGCGCUGAUCUGCCAUUUUGUUGUUGAGCUCAGAGCAGGCACGCAGCACAUGAUAUACUGUAAAUGAUCAAUACUCCUCUCUUCUAGCGGGUCAGAAGUACAGCCGAGACACGAUGCUGUCUGCUGCCCAGCUGCUGGAUGAGUUGAUGGGUCGAGACCGGAACCUGGCUCCGGACGAGAAGCGCUGUAAUGUGCGCUGGGAUCACGAGACCGUCUGUAAAUACUACCUGUGUGGCUUCUGUCCCGCUGAACUCUUCACAAACACACGAUCAGACUUGGGUCCUUGUGAAAAAAUCCAUGAUGAGAACUUGAGGAAAAUGUAUGAGAAGAGCUCCCGCUUCAUGAAGGAAGGAUACGAGCGAGACUUCCUGCGGUACCUGCAGAGUCUCCUGGCCGAGGUGGAGCGCAGGAUUCGGAGGGGACAUGCGCGUUUAGCCCUGUCACAAGCCCAGCAGAACUCUGGAGCACCGGGUCCCACUGGGAAGAACGAGGAGAAAGCUCAAGUCCUCACCACGAAGAUCGAGGAGCUCGUCGUUCAGAUCGAGGAGCUGGGCUCGGAGGGCCGUGUUGAGGAGGCGCAGGGCAUGAUGAAGCUGGUGGAGCAGCUGAAGGAGGAGCGGGAGCAGCUCAGUUCCACUCCUUCGACGAUUGAGAGCUUUGCAGCUCAGGAGAAGCAGAUGGAGGUGUGUGAAGUGUGUGGCGCUUUCCUCAUAGUUGGUGACGCUCAGUCCAGAGUGGACGAUCAUCUAAUGGGCAAGCAGCAUAUGGGAUACGCCAAAAUCAAAGCCACGGUCGAGGAACUGAAGGAGAAGCUACAUCGGCGCUCGGAGGAUCCGGAGAAGGAUGAGCGAGGCAAGAAAGAGAAGGAGGACCGGGAACGUGAAAGGGAGGAGCGCGAGAAGAAACGCAAAGAGGAGGAGGAGAGGGAGAAGGAGCGAGAAAAGGAGAGGGAGAGAGAGCGGGAGAAGGAGAGGGAACGUGAGCGGGAGAGGGAACGGGAGAGGGACAGGGAACGGGACAGAGACAGGCGCAGGAGGAGUCACUCCAACAGCAGACACUCCAGCCGCGCAUCAGACCGCCGCAGGAGCCGCUCGAGAGACAGGAAGAGGUCCAGGAGCAAGGAGCGCGACAGGAAGCGCAGCAGGAGCCGUGACCGAGAGAGGAGGCGCAGCCGCAGCCGCGAGCGCUCGGACAGGAAGCAACGCUCUCGCAGCAGGGAGAGGAGGAGGUCCCGCAGCUCUGAGCGCAAGAGCCACCGGCACCGCAGCCGCAGCAGAAACCGAGACAAGGACAAAUCCUCUCGGGACAAAGACCACAAGGACUCCUCAGAUGAGAAAAGGAGCAGCAGAAAGGGCUCGGUUGAGAAGUCUGAGCUCUCCAAGUCCAAGUCCGUGGAGGCGGAGCCUCCCAAAGAGGAAGUGAACGGCACCGCGCAAGAGCUACAUUCUGAAGGUGACACACAGUCCAAUUAAAACUGAUCUGAUAGGACCUCAGAUCAGCCCCAGGUAAGUGCACCGUCCCGUCCAGCCCGGGUCUCUCCCCCUCUCCCCUUCCCCCCCUUUUUCUUUCAGUUCUGUCUGUGAUUUUUCUUCCUGUUUUUUAAUAGUGCAUCGUAAGUAUGCACUGAAGAUGGGGACUAGGCUGAUGAAACGGAAGAAAGUAGAAAGAAACAAACCCAGAGGGAAAGGCCAGUGUAGCCCUGAAAAACAUGCUUGGAGGUACCUCGUUUUGUAUCGGUCAUACAUCUGUCUCUUUAGACAAGUUCUCUUCCAAAUUUACGUGUUUUACCUUUCUUUUUUCCUAACUCUACCUUUACUACUUCAACCUUGUUAACUAUGCUCGCAGUAAGAUUAAACUAGUUAAAUGAUUGUGUGCUCAUAUGUAUGUACUUGCAUAAGCACACAGCAUUUUACCAUCUGAUGUCUGUAAGGUGUUAAUAAGAGGUCCAAAGAGUUCAUUCAACUGCAUUGAAUACAUAUGUAUGUAUUUUUUUGUUGUUGGAGUUACAUGGAUAUGUUGCACUUUUUAACGCCGUCUGUUCUCAAAGUCGAGAUCCGAUAGCUUUGGGAUGAUUGAAGUGUAGGGUUAAUGAAUUAUUGCAGCUGACCUCCGCACCUCACACAGCGUUGGUGUUGUGAGCGACACCCCCCCUCAUGAAAAGCCAAUUAAAAAAUCAAGGAUACUGUCAAUCUAUGCAGGUAUUCACCAAAGGUACUCCUUUCACUACCCACAUCCAUUUGAAUGCUGUUACCUGUGAACGUGUCUCAGAGCUUGAUGUUUAUUUACCCGGUCUCUUUUCUCCCCGUUUUAAAUUUUCUCCGUUUUGUUUUCUGUUGGGUUCAAGUGCCAAUGGUUUACUCUAUGCCUAAAUGGGUGGAUUUCAGAUUUACAGAUGAGCCUAAUUGAUAUCCCACAGUUACCCAUCAAACCAGAUCAAGCUCAAAACCAUUAUUUCUUCUUGUUUGUGUCACUUAUUUUCAUUUUGCCUGUUUGGUAACCAGUAGGGCUGGGACUAUAAAUCGAUGCAGAAUCGCUUCGUGGAUCGAUUCUUAGAUUUUCCGAAUGCAUCGUGAUUCCUCUGGAAUCGAUUCUGAGCUUCGAUUUUAACAGCAGAUGGUGCUCUAAUCUAGUUUUUAUCUGCACACUCAAAUGUCAUGAACAAGAGUGCUAAAGAAUGCUUGUGCAUUGGCCGGGAAUUUUAUGAACAAUUAUUUUAGGUUCAAGUGUCUGUAAGGAUUUGGAAACGAGCAGAGUGCGGGUGUUUCUAAAGCAAGCAGUGCCAUCUGCUGUUCAAAACUAAUCUCAGAAUCGAUUCAAGAAAGAAUCGCGAUGCAUUCAGGAAAUCUCAGAAUCGAUGCUGAAUCAGUUCUCGAUUCGCGAUGCAUCGAUUUAUUUUCCCAGACCUAGUAACCAGUAAUAGGUUUGAAUUAGGGUUGGGUGAUAUAGCUAAACAAAUGUCAGUUCAUCUUAUUGACAGGGAUGUAACGAUUCACUCAAAUCACGUUUUGAUCUCUCAAUUUGAUUCACAAUUUUUUUAACAAAAUUAGAUUUAAGACUGAUUAUAAAUUAAAUGUGUUCUUUUAUUAUUGUUUCGACCAGGGCUGCACGUUUCUUUGUGAAAUUGAUAAUAACACUAUAAUAAUAUUUUAGUACAACAUUUGCAUAUCAGUCCUCUUUUAUUGGUUUUGAUUGCUUCUAUUGUCCUCAUUUUUAAGUCGCAUCUGCUAAAUUACAAAAUGUAAUGUAAAUAAAAAAAACAAAUUGAAAUUUUGAAACCACAAUCAUGAAACAGUAGAUGAACUGAACGAGACGCAGAUUCACACACUGCCAGCAGGUGGCACUUAAAGUGUUUCCUUGCUUACCGCUGUAAACAAAACAUCGCUGCACUUAUUAACUUUAAUAUGCGUUAUACUGUGGCGAGUAUCAUCUAAACUCUUCUAAAGACAGCCAGUUUCCCCAGACAUGCAUUCAUAUAAACUCCUACCCCUAAUUAAUUUGCGAUUUGUUUGGCAUCUCAACCCGAUUUGAAUUGUUACAUAUUUGAAUCGAUUGCCAUCCGACUCAGUUAAUCGUUACAUCCCUUACAGAUGAAACUAAGCACAUUUGAGAGCUAAUAAAUAUGUUCAAAGGUUGAUUUAUUUAUUGUUUUGGUCUAUAAUAAGAGGAGCCACCAUAUCACUAUUGUAGCUUGUUCAAAAUGGCUACAAAAUUAAAAAUUAAAGUUGCAAAACAGUGCAAAUUAUAAAAAUAAAUCUUGUGUAUGCACAAGGGCUUAUAAGUGAUAAUUUAUUUUAAAACAGAUUAAUCGCAUACGUUUCUGCUAAGAAAUUACCCCCUAAACUAUAAAUUAAAACCAUUAAAAAGAUAUUACAAAAGUAUUUUUGCGAAAUUAAGCAGAAUUUUUUUUUCUCGUAAAUUUUCAACGCAAAGUUAUUCAUUAUUGUCAGCACUAAUAUAAUAAUACAUAAGAAUAAACAUUAAUAUUUACUUAUGUUUGAUCACAGUUUUGAAUUGGUUUCAAGCUGUUUAAGUUUGUAUGCAUUGUUGCGAUCCAUCACUGCUGGUUCUCUCAGGGAUAUUGGAUAUAUAUCGCUCAGGGCUACUGUGAAUUAGCUUGUGUCUCGAUGCAGGUGUGUCUUUUUGAAGUAAACUUUUCUUACUCUCUAUCCUGUUUAAAUUCCCUACUUGUGUUGUCCUUAAAAUAGCAGUGCAUGCUUUCAGAGCAAGACCAGCCACCUACAGAGUCACAGUCUGGCCGUAUAGAAGAGGGAUCUCAAUUCUUUAAAUAUAUUUUGUGUUUUACUUGUGUGCUCGCCUUCAGUCAUUUGUAUUUGCAGCCGAGCAGCUACUAUCACUGCUGCUGCUUAUGUUGUAAAUAUAAGCCUUUAUAAAUUUCAAGAUGAAACAUUUGAUAACUGAUAGAGUGAGAAGAUAAGUGAUCCGAUGUAUUUAUUGCCAAUUGGACAUGGAAAAAAAAGUGGUUUGAUCAUUUUUGAAACGCUAUGUAAAUGAGACUGGUGUAAUGUUUUUGGUUGUGCUGUAAAUGGGUCCGGUUUCAUGUACUAAUAGGGUUUCUCUGACCAUUUGUGUACAUCAGGAGGAGUUUGAACAGCUGCGAGAGGAAGACCUGAAGACCUCCAUCCGACAACCCACCUCCGCUGCUUUAAAACAAGGUGAACCACAGAUGUAGAGGCCUAUAUGAUAAAAAUGUAAAUGGUCCCCUUUUCAGCGUUUCCACAGGACCUUUUGUGUUUUUUCUUGUUUUUUUUUCAAUUCUGUUUGGUUUUCUCUGGUCUCACUGCUAAGAGCUGGCGUAGAUGCCCAUGCAGGUCCACCAUUACUUCUGUUAGUAUGCCUUCAGAAUGAAUCAAAUAAAUACUUGUGGCAUGUUUGCUCUGUACAGUCCGCUCUCACUUGACACGUCGGAAAUAUUUAACGUUUUGUUCAGACUUUAUUUUGACUGGAAGCCUUAAAGGUCUCAACUGCUUUGGUUUUCCCCUCUGUGUGCUCAAUCCCAAUUCUUUCCACGAUUUUAGUUCAGAGAAGUGUUUUCAUUUUGUUCCAGUUUUAAAAGCCUGUAUUUGUCAUGAAUAAAAAUGA